GGAGCGAGGAGCGCCGUGGCGGGGCUGGCAGUUGCCGGGGACAUGGAGGCGCUGCGGGAGCUGCGGGUGGGCUUCAUCGGCGCGGGGCGCAUGGCCGGCGCGGUGGCCCGGGGGAUCUUGCAGGCAGGAGAAGUUCAGCCGGUAAACAUCUUUGCCAGUGCCCCGUCCAACACCAAUUUGGACAAGUUCAAGAGUUUUGGCUGCAGAACGACGCACUGCAACCUAGACGUGCUGAAGAACUGCACCCUGGUGUUCCUGUCUACCAAGCCCCACAUCCUCCCUCUCGUCCUCCAAGAAGUUGCUCCUGCCGUCACCCCAAAGCACAUUGUCGUUUCCAUGGCCGCUGGAAUCACACUCAAGACCCUAGAAGAGCUGCUUCCUGCCGGGACCAAGGUGUUGCGGAUCAUGCCCAACCUUCCCUGUGUGGUCCAGUCGGGUGCUAUCAUGCUGGCCCGGGGGACCUGUGCGGGUGAGCCGGAGGCAGCCUUGCUGAAGAGGUUACUGUCCAACUGCGGGCUGUGUGAAGAAGGUCCCGAGUCUUACAUUGACAGUCACACCGGACUGAGUGGCAGCGGAGUGGCCUAUGCAUACUUGUUUUCUGAAGCACUGGCUGAGGGUGCAGUAAAGAUGGGGAUGCCAGCGGCCAUGGCCAACAAGAUCGCGGCCCAGACGCUCUUGGGAGCAGCGAGAAUGAUCCUAGAAACCGGCGAGCACCCGGCAGUCCUGAGGAGCGCUGUUUGCACUCCGGGGGGCACAACCAUCCGCGCCUUGCAUGAGCUUGAAAAGGGGGCCCUGCGAGCUACCGUCAUGAAUGCUGUGGAAGCAGCCACCAGCUGGGCUCGGGAAAUGGGCAAGCGAUAGAAGACUGUGAUGUGGUGGCCUUGCUUGAGCUCUGCAGGAAUGCCCCUUUCCCAAGCAAGGAAGGAAGGGUUAGAGAUGUGGAACUGGCUUUCUGGGAUACACAGCUGACGAGUGAAUGAAGCUGGGGAAAAGACUGGGAGGGAGCCAGAGGUGGGGGCUCUGGUUCUGAGGCUUUUCUGAAGGGCCUGGUCAUUCCAACCUCCCUCCCUGGAGAGCUGAUACUUAAUAAAUAUCAGUCGCAGCUACUGCUGCUCGUA